AUGUCAAGUCGUCGUUUGCGUGUCGCAUGUGUUAUUUCUAUUUUGUCGAGUGUGAAGUGUCCAUCGUGUCGCAGGGUCCUUCCCUUUCAUCCUUCCCUUCCCACCCCACCUUCUAACUAUGCUUCAAUGCCUUUUCCAUCAUGUCUCUAAACUUGUAAGCUUCUAUUAUAGUGACUCUGAGGACUGUCAAUUUCUCCUAGGGCAGAUUACCCCCCAGUGCGCCAAACGCCAUAGCUCACUCGAUAAGCUACGGAAUCGAGUGAUUCAACUUUUAGAGAAAAGCUGACGCUGCAAGCUACAACAUAUCCGAUUUUCAGAUCGUUUCAUCGAUUGGAGUUUUGGAUAUAGCUUUUCGAAGGUCGCGAGUUUUCUGGGCGUCAUAACGAAGUGCUGCAGAAAUUUCCAAGGAGCCAUUGAAUCAUCUGCUUCUAGCCCUCUCUAACCAACAAGUGGUAUCAGAGCCCAUUAUCACGCAUUUGGGACCUAAAUUACGAUGGGAGAUAAGGAGGACUCUGGUGGAGGUGAUACUUCAGUCCAAGGAGGCAGCUCAACCCAAGAAUGUGCUGUUUGACAGUCGGGAUGUCAAAUUUGUGGAGAACAUCAUGUAUGGCAAGUGGGAGAAGCAGCCGGAGGCAACGGUCACCCAGCAGCUGGAAGAGAUCACUAUGCACCUCGAUUUGUCCGAACCUGAGGACAGCAAAGUCACUGCGCCAACGGCAAGCGGUACUGAUGAAGGAAGCAAUGAGGAUAUUGCAGCUGAUGCUCAAGUCAAGGAUCCGGAGCAGCAGCAGCAAGAGGCUUCCAAAACACCAAGUCUGCCAAAGCGAAGGAAACAGAUUGGUGGGGGGACAAAGGAUUGGGUGAAGGUGAAAGAAUGGGUAAAUCCAACCAUCUACCCUGCACGUACCAGAAUGGCAACAAGAAAGCUGCUGAACUCUACAAGUGGAGGAGCCACAACAGAGCAGCAGGAACAGGCUCAAGGCGAAGAUGCACUGCUGUUCUUGGGUGAUGACCAAGAGUCAGAUGACGAAGAGCCUGCAUACUGCUUUUACGCACCAAUACAACCUCCGAGCAUGGAGUAUGCGCUAGCCGGGCCUCAACGGGGGAAAUGGCUUGUUUCAAGAGAUGCAGAGUACAACAGCCAGAUGGAGAAUCACACAUGGGACCUGGUGUACUUGCCAAAUGGGAAGAAGGCAAUACAGUGCAAGUGGCUGGCAAAAAUCAAGACGGAUGAGAAAGGAGAGCCAUCAGUUUACAAGAGCAGGCUGGUGGCAAAGGGGUUUCAACAGAAAGAGAAGGAAGAUUACAAAGAAGUGUUUGCCCCAACUGCUAAGUCUCCAACGCUACGUGUGCUGCUGGCGGUAGCUGCUGUGCGCAAAUGGAAGGUGAAGCAGAUGGACAUCAUAACCGCUUUUCUGUACGGCAUUGUGGAAGAGGAGGAAGAACGGGAAGUGGUUACACCUUUGCCUUCCGAGUUCAAACUCAUAAAGGCAGCUGAAGGAGAAGGAGUUGAGUGUGAAGACCAGAGGCAAUUCCAAUCCAUGCAUGAGGAUUCAUCAUCUGUUGGUGGAUACAUCUGCAUGGUGGGAGUUCUUCAUGGGUUGAACAAGCACAUGAGGAUCAAGUGGCAUUGGCUGCGGAAGGAGGUGAAGCUUGGGACACUGGAUCCGAUUUACGUGAAAACUCAGCAACAGCCAGCCGACUUCCUUACCAAGCGGCUAGCUGAAGAGCCACACUGGCGCUGUGCGAGAAUGGCGGGAAUGUCCAUGAACUAGAGACGGCGAAACAAGCCGACAGUCUGA